CGUGCCUGGAAACGCAGGGGGCAUCGGGAUGGAUCGGGAUGUUUCCAUCAUGGCGGCAUCCAUUUCAGGUUACACUUUUAGUUCUGUGUGUUAUCACAGCGGCAACAGCAAUUCAGAUCAUGAGGGAUUCCUACUAGGAGAUGUAAGGCAAGAAGAGACUGUCAGCAUCAGUGACACACAGCUCAGCACUGCAGAGUUGCUCCAGGUAGUAGAAAUUCAUAACCAUGAUCCUUGUGCACAGUUAUUUAGCUUUUAUGACUACGCGGGCAAACUCAAUGAAGAACAUCUCAACAGCAUUCUUAAAGACCGGCGGAAAAACGUUAUUGGUUGGUACCGGUUCCGGAGGAACACGCAGCAGCAGAUGUCGUUUAGGGAGCAGAUCAUCCACAAACAGCUGACUGAGCUGCUCGGUGUGCCCGACCUCGUCUUCCUCCUUUUCAGCUUCAUCUCCACCGCCAACAGCUCCACACACGCACUGGAGUAUGUGCUCUUCAGACCCAACCGCAGAAGUUACAACCAGAGGAUCACCCUCACAAUCCCCAACCUCGGCAACACAAGCCAGCAGGAGUACAAAGUCUCAUCAGUGCCCAACACGUCAACCAACUACACGCAGGUCAUCAAAGAGCACGGGGCCGAAUUCUUUGACAAAGAUGGUGUCAUGAAGGAUAUCCGAACAAUAUACCAAGUCUACAGUGCACUGCAAGAUAAAGUGCAGGCUGUGUGUGGGGAAGUGGAACAAAGUGAGCGUGUGAAAGAGAAAAUUCAAGAGGACGUGAAAAAACUCAAACAGCAAAUUGCUCUCAGGAAACGCAAGGCGGCCGAAGAGGAGAGAAGGCUCCUUGAGGCCCAGAAUGUGGAUUCCCAUGCCACUCCACAUGAGAGCAAAGAACCUUCUGAGACUUCCCCUCUUUCCAGAGUAACUUUCCACACACCGUCUGCUCCGGAGCGACCCAGUACCUCGCCAAACCCCCCAUCCUACUCCGACCUCUUGUCCCAGGGGGUCCCUCUGCUCUCCUCUUCUUCCCCAGCUACCAGUGCCGCUCUACUGCCUCGGCCCCAGGCUGUGGGCUCCCCGGGACACCCAACGCCCGGCCCACUGGGCACGGGCCUGGGGCUCGGCGCCAGCUCUAACCCCGUUGCCACUCCCAACACCCCGUACCUCGGCAACGGGGACGGAUCAAGCUCUGACUCGUUAGACAGACAAGCCGCAGGGCAAGAAGAUGACGACGACGAGGACGAGGAGGAGGACGAAGACGACGAGGACAGUAGCGAAUAUGAGAACUUGGUGAGUGAAGCCGGUCACCUGCCGCUGGUCUCUGCCAGCGUUUUAGCACAAGGCCGGCCGGCCGCCCUCGGCCCGGAUGGUGACGCUCUCGGCUCCUGGACCACAUAGAAGCGUGCCGCAGGGCGUGUAUGGGACACAAGUAAGUGACGCACCUUAAGAGGUGGGCAUCUGAAGCAAUCAAAAAUAGACAAAAGUGCCGGUCCUGAAAGUGAAAGGCCUGCACAGUUGGUGUCCCGCUGUGCGCGUUUAUUGUCUUAGUCUGAUCUCCAUUUUAAGGGGAAACUCUGCUAGGCUGCGCAGGCUUAACGGGUGUGUCUCAUCUGUUUUCAUUUUUUCCUUUUGGAAUGGGGUCAGUGUGGGUACUUCAAUGUGGAUGUUUGGCUCCCUGAAAGACGGACCAUCCUCCAAGCUUUCUUCUGUAUGUUUUCGUUUCACUUCUUUCUCACCAACACUGAGCACCCACUCUUGUAUUACCUCUUGCACUAUUUUUUUUUUUCUUUGCCUUCUUUUGUCAUUUAAGAAAAGCAAAGGAAGAAUGUUCUGCAGCCUUUAAACCUUUUUUUAAAAGAAGUAAUUGUUUGUGAGCUUUUUUUUCUGUUCGUUUUCUUGAAGAGAUGCAUAUAUAUAUAUAUACACGUGUGUGUGUUACUAGAAUUCCUUUGACGUGCAAAUUGCUCUCAUUUGAUUUGGGAUUUAUUUGAUAUUCUUUUCCCUGAUCCACAGUCUUACCUGAUCAUACAAUUGCCUAUUUAAAUGAUGAACAAUAGAUAGGAAGCGAAAUGGCCACUUCUAUAAUGGAUUCAUUACGUAUACAUAUAUAUAUUUUGUCAGAUUAUUAGUUGUUCUAAUUUGAUUGACAGCAAUGUCAAUGUAUUGUUCCUCUCAGUUAACACUGAAAUUGUAUGCGCUUUGCUGCACUUAACAAAAAUGUAAGAUUUCUUUUAUUAUUGUGCUAUACCAAUGCUGUCAUGUUGUGCCACUCGAGUAGUCCCUCUUCGACCAUGAGCCAAACUCCGCUCAGCUUUUGUCUGUUGUCCGGCGCUCACAGGGCCAACAGGACGUACUGUAGCUUUACUAACCAGAUGCUUAUGGGUUCCCUUCUGCUGCUGCACCACAGAGCGCUACCACUAAAAAAAAAAAACCAACAACACAAAAUACCCUGCAUCUGUCUGUUCUUCGUCUUGUAUAAAAACCUGGCUGCUACUUCACACAGCGCUGGUUGUUUUCAAUGCAACUACAAUCACGUAAAUUCUUCACGCUCACCUCUCGCUGACUUGUCCUCUAUGGACGUCACAGUAGAAGGCUGAUACCCCCCCUGGAGAGUGUGAGUAUUAACUUUUUGGAAGCCGAGUGUGGACGAUCACCCUUCCUGUCUUGGCAUCGUCGACAUUUAGUUUCCUCGCGUGUUCCUAAUCCUGGUUUGGUCAAUGUCACGUGUCUGGACCUGGAUAAUGUGAUGAGAGACAUCAUGACGACAUGGCUUCAAAAUACAGUGCCUUCCACUCAGGUCAGUUUCUAUCUGCGCACAGAACACAUCCACAGAUCUGUCUUCAGAGGUGAAAUGAUGGUAUAACAAACAGCUGUAUUUGCAAUAAUUGACGUGCUGCAGCUUUAUUCCUCCUUUUCCUUGAUGUGGUGCUUUGCCUUUCUGAAACAACCCGCAUUCUUUCAGAGAACUUUUUUUUGUACUUUCAAUGACGUCGUCUAAGUGGACCUGUAUCUCACAGGUGCAGCUGUGACUUUGCUUACUUCAUCAUUUGAAACUGGAAUUUUUAACUGUAAGGUCGAAGGGGAUCUGCUUAGUAACUGAUACUUCUUGUAGGGCAAAGACUGUAUGAUGAUCGUGGUGAAAAUUACUGACCUUUCAAAAAACUAAGUAACAGGAUGUGGAUUUAUUCGAUGCUGGAUGUUCAAUGACCUCGCAUGAACGGGUCAAUGCCAGACACAGUUCAAUUCGGCAUGGACAGACAUUUGCACUGCACAUUGAGGACGUCUUCAAAGACGUCUCGAUCCACAGGUUGCGCUCGCAUAUGAUUUUGUGUGUGGGAGAAGCUUUGCCUUGUGAAUAAGCUCCACUUUAUUUAUUAGGCUUGUUUUGUAUGCAAUGUUUUUUGCCUCAUUUAUUUUGCCCUCAUGUGUUCUGCCUCUGCAUCCCUUAUUGGGAAACUGGCACCUAAAACGUUACUUAACAAUCACCAAGAGCAAAAGAAUCACACUGUAAAAAAAAUAGCAAAUUCUAUAUGUUAGGAAUAUGGUUUCCUAUUGAGUACUGGAAUUUAAGGAAAUAUAUAAUGAAUGUAUAGUAGACAAGGGAGGGGGUAGCACUAGCGUUUAAACAGCACUACUGUAUAAGCUUGUUGGGUGUUGUGGUGGUAUAGAGCAGCCAUAUGUUGGUCCUUACUCUCAAUCCUUGCCUCUAGUCCCCACAUGAUGCUUUUAAAAUGUUUCAGGUUCAACACUGACUUGAUGUACUGAAUGAAAUUCAGCGAGGUGCUGAGGGCCACUAGUACAAAACUUGAGAGGACUAACAUUCUUCGUAUCCUAUACCUUUUUAAGUUCCAACUCAGUAGAAAUAUACACUCAUAUACUCUUACUGUAUGGGGUGAACCUUCCCCCAUGUAGACCGUUGCAACAUCAACACCUCCCUGAAAGCACAAAGUCCAGUGCACAGCUUCGAACUUUUCAGCUUUUAUCUGGAUGUGUGUACUUGAUGAAAGUAGAUCAAGGACUUGCUUGUACGAGUGCAGAGCAAAUGGCUGUAAAAUUGGAGGAUAAUAAAUGAGAUGUGCAUACGUGA